AUGCCUGCAGUCGAUUACCCUUACGACUACCGUCGACAACUGAGGAAGAACAACCAGAGACAAUUCAAUUCUUACAGCAACUGGAAUCGUCAUCAGUAUUGGCAAGAGAUGUUAGAAGAUGGACAGAACAAGAAAGACUCUAUACUGUCUAGGGUACAAUAUUAUGUUCAUCAUGGUUGGCCCAAUAAACCACUAAUUGAAGCGUUAACUCCUUACUGGCGAAGAGCAAGUGAGUUAUCUAUAGAAGAGGGAUGUGUAUUAUGGGGUAGUGUGAUUGUACCACCACAAGGGCAACAACGAGUUUUGGAGGAGUUACAUGCUGGUCAUCCUGGUGUGGCACAGAUGAAAGGCUUAGCCAGAACAAUAGUCUGGUGGCCAGGACUGGAUGGGGACAUCGAACGCAAGGUCCAAGGUUGUUCUAGUUGUCAAGAGACAAGGAAUGCACCACCCAAAGCUCCAUUUCAUCCCUGGUGUUGGCCUCAUCAGCCGUGGAUGAGGGUGCAUGUGGACUACGCUGGACCCUUGCUAGGAAAAAUGUUUCUUUUAUUAACCCACUUGAAGUGGAUUGAAGUAGAACCUGUAGAAUCAGUGACGACGAAAACUACGUUGGAAAAGUUAAGGAAAAUUUUCUCAACUCAUGGAAUUCCUGACAAACUGCUAUCAGGCAAUGGGUCAGUAUUCACCAGUCAAGAGUUUACCGAUUUUGUAAAAUCGAAUGGAAUCAACCACAUCAAAACAGCAACGUAUCAUCCGUCAAGUAAUGGGCUGGCGGAAAGAGCAGUACAAGUGUUGAAGAAGGGACUGUCGCUAACAAAACAAGGAACCUUGACAUAUCGCUUGACACAAGUGUUGUUCAGCUACCAGAUUACACCGCAUUCCACGACAGGAAUAUCACCUGUGGAAUUAAUGCAAAUUACGGUCACGUUUAGAUUUGUUACACCCCAACUUGGAGCAAACGGUACACAAAAAACAAUGGCAACAGAAACAUUUCUACAAGGGUAG